AUGCGUUUACGUCACUCAUCACUCGGACAGACAACCGUUGGCCAGAUAUUAAACAUUAUGUCUAACGAUGUCCACAGAUUUGAUGAGUUUGCUGUGAGAUCGUCGUCAUUUUUAGUGGCGCCACUGCAGGCGGCGAUUGUGUUAUACCUGUUGUGGCCAUACCUUCGGUGGGCGUGUUUGGCCGGUAUGACAGUAAUAGUGCUGUUUAUACCAUUUCAGGCACUAAUGGGUCGUAUGUUUCGUAAUAUACGUCAAAAGACGGCCAAAAUAACCGACAGUCGAAUCCGUUUAAUGCAAGAGAUUAUCGCCGGAAUGCGUGUCAUAAAGAUGUACGCCUGGGAACAGCCCUUCGCACAGUUGGUCGCAACCGCUCGCAAGUCCGAAGUAAAGCAAAUCCGAUGGUCAAACAUUUUGAAAGGCAUUAAUCAGUCGAUUAAUUUUGUGUUAAUACGGGAUUUUCUAUUACUCGAAGAGAUAAGUGGUUUGGAUGAGAGGGAAGGGAAAGACAACGAGGCGUUCAUUUCAGUUGAAAAUGAGAUAAUUCUCGGAGUAAUGGAAAACACUUCGAGUAAUGAAGAAAAAGGCGUUUUUAUCGAAAAAAUGAGCGUUCGUUGGAAUAAUGAGACGACUAAACCCACGCUUCGGGAAAUUAGUCUGAGUGUAAAACCCGGACAACUGUUGGCUGUCGUCGGAUCCGUUGGCAGUGGAAAGAGUUCACUAUUGAUGUCAAUUCUGAAUGAGAUAUCGCUAGUGUCGGGUCGAGUGGUAGUGAGGGGUCGGGUGUCGUACGCGCCGCAGGAGUCAGAAAUACAAUCGAGUGGUGAAGGCGUNUCGUACGCGCCGCAGGAGUCGUGGGCUUUCAUAGCGAGUGUUCGACAGAAUAUUCUGUUUGGCUCUCAAUAUAAUGAAGAGAAAUACAAUCGAGUGGUGAAAGCGUGCGCUUUGGACACAGAUUUCAAACUCAUGCCAUUUGGAGACCAAACACUUGUGGGGGAGAGAGGGCUGGCGUUGAGUGGCGGUCAGAAGGCUAGGCUGAGUCUGGCCCGGGCUCUGUACCACUCGGCAGACAUCUACCUCUUGGACGACCCAUUGAGUGCUGUCGACACACGUGUGGCCAAACAUAUCUACCAAAAAUGUUGUGUUGAGUACCUGAAAGACAAGGUGACUAUUUUAGUGACGCAUAGCAUCCAGUUUCUCAAAGACGCGCAUCAAAUACUUGUGCUCAACGACGGCGAGUGUGUGGCCAUCGGGUCCUACACUCAGCUCAAAGAGCGCGGCAUUGAUCUCAUGGCAUAUCAGAGACAAACCGAUGCAACAAAUGAUAGGACGGUUAUGAAAAGGAGGACAUCUGUCACACCAUCGAUGGUCUCAACCAUUAGUGAGGGAUCGGAAGUGACGGACGUUAGAGAAGGGGAAGAAAUGGAAGAACAGGAAGUGAAGGCCGAACUCAAAAUGAUUGGAUCCGUUGAGUCCUCUGUAUAUUAUGAGUACAUUAAAGCCGGCGCCGGACCUCUAGUUGUAAUUCUUACCAUUUUGUUUUUGAUCACUUCCCAAGUCUUUUAUCAGGGAAGUGUUUAUUGGCUAAGCUUAUGGACUAAUGAAGUACGCAAAACGCCUGAUAAAGUGGAUCAAACAUUCAACAUAAUUAUUUACACGACUCUAACCUGCGGUCUGUUUGUGUCGGCCCUGUUAUCCAUCAUUUGUUUCUACAUAAUGUGUAUGAGAUCUUCGGUUAAUCUCUAUAACAGAAUAUUCUGUGCGUUAUUGCGAUCACCGAUACAUCUGUUUGAGACUUCGCCCAUCGGACGAAUACUAAACAGAUUUUCUAAAGAUACGGGAAUUGUGGACGAGUUGUUGCCAUCGGUUGCCUUUGAAUGUCUUAAUAAGGUAUUUGUAAUUAUCGGAAGCCUUAUAGUGAAUGCAAUCGUCAAUUGGUUUUUUAUAUUUCCGGCAAUACUUUUGUUAAUAUUAGUGUUUAUUUGUCGUUAUUUCCACAUCAGAGCCGCG